UAAUAAUUCAAUAAUAGGUUUUAAUUGACGUGUUUUAACUUGGUGAUUUUGUUUCACUAAUAUGGUCAUAUUUUAAUUAAUUUACAUGUGUAAUGUUUGUAUUUUUUAACCAACGUGUGUGCUGCUUAAUUCACCGUUUUUUUUUGUAAAUAAGCAAGUUGCGUUUGCAAGAGGUGUUGUCUAUUAGAGCAGGUAGUUGGUUUCGGUUUAAUGAUGCGCAUGAUAGCUUUUUAAGUAAUGAUUUUUACUCGGUAUUUUAAGUUUCACUGGUUUGGUGUUUUUUUAUUUAAUUAACAUUUGUAAUGCUUGUGUUUUUUUUAAACUAACGUGUGUUACGUGCUGGGAUGUGAAUGCUGUUCAAAAGGCUUUUUUCAAAGCCGCUUUUGUCAUACUCGAUAUACACUGUUUACGUGAAGUCAGUGAUGACUAGUAUGGCAAAGGUGGUUUAUGCACUAACUGCAAAAGGUCGCGCCCAAGGACACACAUAGCGCACGCUUCACUUUUAUCACGGAAAAAUAAGUACAUAAUGUCAAGGUAAGUGUUUUUUUUUUGGUCCGAGUUGCCUAGCCAAAAUUUCCACGCGCCGCUACUGAUACGUAGUGUUUUCAAUGUGGAUAUAUUUUUAAUUUUAAUGAUGAUUUAUAAGUUUGGUAUAUGUAGCAAUAAAUUUUAGGCAAGCCGGUGGGAAUCGAGUUGUAUGGAGGCGCCGCCCCUGGUAGGUACAUAUUUCUUUUUACUUAAAAAUUUUAUACAGGGUGAACUUUUAACCACCAGUCAUACUCUGCGCAGCGACUUUAUAGGUCAUACUUAACAACUUUUACUAUGGGACCAAUUCCGAAAUCGCGAAAAAAAAUUUUGACUGUCCCAUAUAAAGGUGCGACCAACUUUACCAGACCAACACUUUUCCAAACUGAGCUACAGCUGUCCGAUGAAGUUAAGUACUUAGGACUAACUCUCGACAAUAAACUCAAUUGGAACAACCACAUCAACAAACGGAUAGACAAGGCGGGAGUUGUCUUCUGGCAGUGCAGAAGGAUGAUUGGUAAGAGGUGGGGACUCAACCCGAAAAUUACCCUCUGGCUCUAUAAGACGAUAAUCCACCCCUUACUCUGUUACGGUGCUCUGGUUUGGUGGCCAAGAACAAACCUAGGCAACGUACGAGACAAACUACAAAGACUUCAAAGGCUCGCAUGCGCGGCCACCACUGGCUGCACGAGGUCUACCCCGACUGCAGCCAUGGAGGUCAUGCUAAACCUUCCACCGCUGCACCUACACAUACAGCAAGAGGCCAGUCUCUCAGCGGUAAGGUUGCGAACCCUCAAGAUAUGGUCUAACAUCACAGGAGCUCUUCACACAAAAUGCCUGGAAAAGGUGUAUGACGAAUUUCCAGUGCUUAGGUCAGGCACGGACCGGAUUCACAAACAAGCUAUCUUCGAUAAAAGGUACAAAAUACAGUUAUAUGAGGACGACAAUCAUGAAGGACUCAAUCCCCGGGAGCUGAGAAUCUUCACUGAUGGGUCCAAAACAGACAGCGGAUCGGGCUCUGGAACCUUCUCAGAAGACCUGAACAUGUCGAUCACCACUCCGCUAGGAGCCCAUAACUCGGUAUUCCAAGCUGAGUGCAUGGGCAUCAUAAACGCGGCGGCUGCCAUCACUGCAAGGAAGGUAGUAGGAUCCUCCAUCCGCAUACUCUUCGACAGUAGAGCAGUCUUAAUGGCUCUAAAUAGCCAUAUAGUUACAUCCAAACUUAUACACGAAUGCCACGAACGACUAAUGGAGGUAUGUCAUAAUAACAAGAUCACCCUACAAUGGAUCAAGGGACACAGUGGAUCCCGAGGUAACGAUGCUGCGGACGAGCUUGCCAGGCAAGGAUCGAAUGCGGGGGCGAUUGGUCCGGAACCGAUUCUUCCGAUACCAUUUAGCAAGGUACGCUCAAUGCUGCUGGCACGUACAGGGAAACUACACACAGAACACUGGCUGAACCAGACUGGAUGCAGACAGGCAAAAGAAGCCAUGCCUGGCAUCAACGGAAAACUCACAAGGGCGCUCCUGCAACUAGGGAAGGUCCGACUGAGUAUGGUAACCAGUGUCAUAACAGGUCAUGGACUAUUUAACAAACAUCUUUUCACAACAGGUGUCACAGACAGUCCCCUGUGCCGAGGUUGCAUGGAGACAGAAGAAACAGCCUCUCACGUGGUGCUGGAAUGCAGCGGAGUGACUCCAUACAGGGCUAAACAUCUCGGAUCUCCGAGAGACCUCCCCGAGGUCCUACUCAACAUCAAAGGUUUGAUAAGAUUCCUCGAGGAGCUGGGCUGGCAGGACUAGCCCACCCCCAACAUAUCACGCAAAAUAGGCGCAAGUCGUCGAGUUGCGGAAAAAUCGCCCGAAUACAAUACAAUACAAUACAAUACAAGGUGCGACCAGACCGCAGCUUAAAAAAACGGUCACGAUACGGAAUCGCAGUGACGCGUCGUAUGCGUACCGUUUUUAACGCAUGCUCCCCACACCGCUGUUUAAAAAACGGUGACGGUACGGAAUCGCAGUGACGUGCUUCACGCGAAUCUUUUUUUUCGCAAAACAGUUGCGUCUUUUACGUCACCGGUACGGUGUCUGCCAUAAGAUCUCCGUGUAAUAUUUUUUGCGAUUUUUACGCAGUUCAAUUUACGGUGCGUCAGCUUAUUUUAAGCAGCGGUGUGGCGAGCAUGCGUCAUGGACCC